GAGAUUUAACCAGUGCAGACAGAUGACAGCUCCUUUAAAGCUUCCUGUGAAUAAUCAGGAUGGUUUCGAGCUUGAGGAAAUACAGGACCAUGUGUCUGAUGCAAGCAUCCCAAAACCAGUGAUGGACAAUCCACCCAGAAAGAUGCCAGGCAAGUCACCUAGUGGGGUCUGUAGACUGAGCACCAUCUCAGAGCAAGACCCAGAUAAGCCGGACUCUGAUCCCAGUUCCCAUGAUCCCCCAGGUGGCACUGAAUGGCGUGGAUCCAGCUUCUCCACGUGUUCUGACAAGAUCAGGAACAGCAGCAGUCGUUUUUCCUCUGAUGAGUCAUACCAGCCCGAAGGUGGAGAUGACUGCGCAGGUCUUCUUCUCGCCUGUCUGCAUUGUCGUUUCCACGAGUUGAUGGUCCUCCUACCGGAUACGUGUGAAAGAGCUAUGAGCCGCUGUUUUCCCUCAUACAAUUACAUCACGGCUUCCAGUGAGCCAGAGCAGCAGGGGAAGGACUGCUGCAACUACAAGCUGGAGCUGGACUGUAACUGCUGUGGCUCCUGUCAGGAUGCAGGAGAACUCAUAGAGCUGGCCAUGGAGAUAUCAGAGGUCUGCUAUCGCUGAGAAACUCCUUCUCUGCCUUUCACCUCAAAAACAAACUUCAAACAAAAUCACAAACAUUAUAAACUUGAAUGCUCGACAAACAGAAAUACUGUUUUAUCUUAUUCACAUUUAUGUAUGUAAAAUAAAUUGCCUGCUUUUGCCUGUUUUGAUAUCCACCUCAUGGAAAUUCACAUGAUCUUUAGUUUGUGUGCCUCAACAUUAUUCACGACUGCCCCCCUUCAAAACUCUGUAGAGCUGAUUGUUAUAAUGAAAGACAAGAAUAGCUCAUUUGUUGUUACAGCCACAUUCGCCCCACCAGGCAAAGUAACCAAAUACCAACAUCCUGAGUGCACGAGUGUGUAUAUUGAGCCAUGACCACGUCCUCUUCCCUGGCAUCCUGUACAUUUCCUCUCAUAAAGCAUGACAGAGUGGGUGAAGACAUUUAGGACAGCGGGGAUCUGUGAGCAUGCUUUCAAAUAACAACUGCAGCCAUUCACAACAAACUGAGUUCAGUUUGUUCCAAGUGAAAGAAAUAUGGAUCGGACAGAGUGAGCGGUGUCGGCUUGCAGA